CACCAAGAGAUGGCGGCACAGACUAGUGGAUUCCAUGUACCGGUAGCCCAUACCAACAAAGGGCAUGCCAUGCUUAGCAAGAUGGGUUGGAAAGCAGGAACUGGAUUGGGUGUUGCUGGUCAGGGUGUGGUUGAGCCUAUACAAUUGAUGGUGACAGAUCGAAAGGCGGGGCUGGGAUCUAAAGCCUUGCAAACCCAGGGCGAUGCUGCCUCACGGACGCCGGAGACCCCUGGU